AUGGAAGCAAGCGAUCUUAAUCAAGAAGGAUUGUCAGCAGUGUCAAAGUCAUCAAAUGAUCCAUGUCACGAAACUUUGGUCUCAAGUGCAAAGAAGCAAAGAGUCACCAGUUCAAUUCCUUUAUACAAUAAGUCGGCCCAGUCUGAUGACGAAAUUGUGCAAGCUUUUCGAAGUCUUUUGCGGAAGUCUACUACUGAACAGAAAAAUAUUCUUCUCUGGGAACUUUUGUGUUUAUGCGACACUAGUAAUUUGGAUUACGCCUCCUCACUGGUAGAAGAAAUGCGUAGACGUCGGGCUGAAAUUUCGAACACGGAUCCUUUCGCUAGACUUCCUCCUUUGGUUGUAUUACGAAUUCUUCAUUUUGUCGAUCCUAGAACUUUGUGCAACUGUCUGAGGGUGUGCCGUACAUGGAAGGAACUAUGUAGCAUACCUUAUGUUUGGAAGGAACUUUGUCUUCAGCGUCCUACGUUUCGGAUGUGCUCUGAAGAAGCAGAACAACGACAACUGCAGAGGCAUACCUCAUCAGAUGGUACCGUUCAUUGGAAGGAAGCUUUCAGUGAGCGGUACCGUUUGUAUAGUAAUUGGCAUGCUGGUCGAUGCGUAGUACGGACAUUUCAAGGCCAUAGCCAGGGUAUAUCCUGUGUUCAGUUUGACAACGAGAGGAUAGUCUCAGGUAGUAGUGAUGGAACUAUAAGGUUAUGGGAUAUACGUGAUCGUAGAACAGCUACCAUCCAUGGACGCUUAGGGACGAUGACUUUAACUGGACAUUCGGAUAUUGUUCGCUGCUUGCAUUUGAAUGGGAGCCGUCUCGCGUCUGGUUCAAACGACUGUACGAUUAAAAUAUGGAAUCUUGCUGUAAACACUACUUGGUCGUCUAUUGCUUGCCGACAGACAAUGGUUGGACACACAAAUUUUGUUCGUUGUUUACAGAUGGAGGACGACCGAUUAACGAGCGGCUCAUAUGACCAUUUGUUAAAAGUCUGGUCUGUAACGACAGGCCAAUGCAAGGAAACUUUAUCGGGCCAUACUGGUGGUGUUCUUUGCCUACAGUCAGACGGGUCAAAAUUGGUUUCCGGCUCUGCCGAUCUUUCUAUUAAGUGUUGGGAUGAGCGCUCAAGUACGUGUGUCAUGACAUUACAUAAUGCACACGAAGAUGCAGUUACUUGCUUGAGAUUUGAUAACCAGCGAAUUGUGUCUGGUUCUGUGGACAGAACUAUCAAGAUGUGGGAUGUCCGCACUGGGAGAUGUAUAAGCACUCUAGGUUGGAAAUUAAGCGAAGGGCACACCGGUGUUGUCAGGUGUUUGCAAGUUGACGUGUGGCGACUUGUUUCUGCGGCUGACGACAGAACAAUAAAGGUGUGGAAUUUGAAUACGGCAAAAAGAUUAUGCACACUGCGUAGCCAUACUGAUGGUGUCACAUGCUUACAGUUUAAUGACCAACAAAUAGUAUCAGGUUCUUAUGACCGCACAGUAAAACUUUGGGAUUUUAGCGUCGGCUAA